AAGAAUGGAGAGGAGAAGACAGAAGGGAAGGAAUAGGAUUAAUGAAGAUGGAGGUGACUUGAUGGUAGGCUUCAUAUAGAUGUCACUGGGAGCUUGAGAGGUGUGAAAAAAAAAAAAAAUUGCAGAGAAAAGCCACACGCCAGAUCGAGGUUUAACAUAUAUUAGUCAACCAACCAACAUCUCCUAGCCUUUAUCCUCUCUAGGGACACAUCGACAUUGACCACCUUGAGGCCCUCUUGACGAGGACAGGACCUCCAUGAGGGACUCAUUUAGAUCUCCAACCAUGGCAAUAGCAAGCAGGAGAAGGAUGGAGUCAUAGACUUGCGAUGCAACCUACCUUCCCCAUCCCUUUGCCUUCUUCUUGGGUGGCACAUUUGCAGAGGGACCCCAAGGUGAAGCAAGUGCUUCACCCUCAACUAUACCUUAUCGCCAUGCUCUACCAUCAAAUGCCUUCCCCUCCUGGUUGUCCUCCUUCUCUUGAUGAUCGAAGAAGCCUUGUUGCUGAAUUGGAGGAAGGAUUGAAUUCAUCAUGGCUGGGGCGGACGACAACGCCACUAUGAUCGGUGACUGGACGUCUCUUCCGAGUCCCAUCCCAAGGACGUUUUUGUCCACCUUUUUGAACGAGGAAUUCGGUUCGAGAUCAUUGUCUGAUCUCUUGGCAGAGAAUGGAAAUGAGGGGCCGCCGCCUGGAUCUGAGAAACAGAAAACAUCUACGGAUCCAAAAGAAGAAAAGGUUCAGGCGGGAGUCCAGUACUUGAGCGAUCGCUCUAUAGAACCGAGCUUGUUUGGUGCUCACAAAUCGAGCUUGCAAGGGGGUCUUGCUGAGAGGAUGGCGGCAAGGGCUGGAUUUAAUGUUCCGAAGCUCAAUAUGGCUCGCAUUACAUCAGCCAACGUGGGAUCAUCAUCCUCAGAUGUUCGUUCUCCUUAUCUGACGAUUCCACCUGGUCUCAGUCCGACAACGUUGCUGGAGUCUCCAGUUUUUCUUUCUAAUUCUAUGGCUCAACCAUCUCCAACUACAGGAAAGUUUCCAAUUGCGCAGCAUGAAAAUUCAAACACAGUCACAACCUCAGUUUCAGCAUUUCCUAAUAAGAGUGAAGAUUACUCACUCAAAGAUGUUCGUGAAACUUUUUCCUUCAAGCCUCAUAUGGAUUCAAGUUCCUCAUAUUUUUCAACUGCAGAAAAGAAGGGUGCUUCAACUGUUGAUCAGCAGCAGUCAUUACCAAGUAUAGAGGUCUCUGUUCAAUCAGGGAAACAUAUGCAACCACCAAGUCUAGAAACUGGCAUUGUAAGCUUGCAAAAUCAGCAGCAAUUCAACCAUCAGGCUGGCUUUUCUGACUCAUCUGAUAGAAAAGAUGCCACUGAUGAUGUGACGUUCGACCAGAGGACGUCUGAUUCCUUUAUGGGAAAUGAACAUUCACCACCUCCUAAUGACCAACAAGAUGGUGAAGCUGCUCCGAAAGAACUUUCUUCCAUGGCUCCGGGUGCACCUGCUGAGGAUGGAUACAAUUGGAGGAAAUAUGGGCAGAAACAGGUAAAAGGUAGUGAAUACCCACGAAGUUACUAUAAAUGCACUCACCUGAAUUGCCAGAUGAAGAAGAAGGUGGAGCGCUCACAUGAUGGCCACAUCACGGAGAUAAUCUACAAGGGUGCUCACAAUCACCCCAAGCCGCCUCCAAAUCGCCGGUCUGGUAUUCCAUCUUCCCACCCAUUCAAUGAUCCACAGAUUGAUGCUUCAGAGCAGCCUGGCUCACAGGCCAGCUUUGAUGGCAAGCCCUUAUGGGCAACAAGCACACAAAAUGGAACUGGAGGCCAAGAAUGGCGAGGUGAUGGCCAGGAAGCAUCAUCAUCUGCCACUGUUGCUGCUGAACACUGUGACCCUUCUACAUCCAUACAGACACAGGAUGGCCCUCGCCUUGAAUCCCAAGAUGCUAUAGAUGUUUCAUCCACUCUAUCCAAUGAUGAAGAGGAGGAGGAUCGGGCAACUCAUGGCAGUGUCUCACUGGGUGGUGAUGGUGAGGGGGAUGAGACAGAGUCAAAAAGAAGAAAGCUCGAUGCUUGUGCACUUGAAAUGGGUGCUGCUUCUAGAGCAGUUCGUGAACCAAGGGUUGUGGUUCAGACAACAAGUGAGGUUGACAUCCUUGAUGAUGGAUAUCGUUGGCGCAAGUAUGGACAAAAGGUGGUCAAGGGAAAUCCAAAUCCAAGGAGCUAUUACAAGUGCACAAAUCCAGGAUGCACAGUUCGAAAGCAUGUGGAGAGGGCAUCGCAUGAUCUCAAAUCAGUGAUUACAACCUAUGAGGGAAAGCACAACCACGAUGUCCCUGCUGCAAGAAACAGCAGUCACCCAAACUCUGCACCCUCUGGAACAGCAGGCAACUCUGCAUCCCAGUCUCACAGCCUUCACCGAGGACUGGAGCCAACCCAAGAUGGACUGGUCAGGUUUGAUGCCCCUACUUCACUUGGCACAUUUUGCCUGCCUGGAAGGGAACAGUUGGGACCAGCUGCUGCUUUCUCUUUCGGGAUGGGUCAGCAAGGCCUGGCAAACCUUGCGAUGGCUGGAUUAGGCCCUGUGGCAUCAAUGAAGAUGCCGGUUCUUCAUCCAGUCCAUCCUUUUCUGGGGCAUCAUCAGGCUGCUGGAGCAGGGUUCCACAUACUGAAAGGAGAACCCAAGGAGGAACCUGUUACGGAGUCCAGGCUGCCAAUACCAAAUGGAGGGCCAGUUUAUCAUCAGAUGAUGGGCAGGCUACCUCUAGGCCCUUAGCUGUAAAUGAUAGGUUGAGAAAAGAUAGUAUGUUCCGGUACACCUGAAAAAGAGUGGAGAAAGUUCUUGUGCUCUUUUUUCUUUUAGUUAUAUAUAAUGCAAAAAAUUCUUGCUUUCUUUUUGUUAAGUUGCACAGUUUAUAGCAGAAUAUUUGGGAAUGGGCAGUGGUUCCAAUGUUGAUUGAAUUGUAUUAUGCAAGAGGAAAUAGAGCUUAAGUCGGGAAAUGAGUUCUGUGGAAAAGGUUGGAUGCAGGAAUCACUUGAUUACAUGUAAUGGAAGUAUCGAUAUUCUUCCAUGGAAUCUGUAGUUCUUAUUCAGUAAUCCAAGAUUACUCUUAUAAUAGAGCUUUACAGAGGAAGCCAGAAUGGUACAACUAGUAAGUUGGCGUGCAACAACUCUGGUUGAUUUGGAGCCCUGAUGGGGUCUGGAGGAUAGCAGAUUUGAGAACCCUGUGGGAUGAGCUUGGCAUGAAAGUGGUCUCUGCAGGACAGGUGGAUUCUGAGGUGAAGACCAAGCACAUGUGGAUGGCAAUUUACUUUGUCCUAAUGGACCUAGCACAUUGCUUUGUGCUUAGUCUAUUAGACCAAAAGCCCAAGUGGUUGGCUAUAAAGCUUUAGGGAUUUCUCAAAAAGUGUUUUGGAAUUAGGGAAUUAAGUGAUAUUUAAAGUGUCAGGUGAAGUACAGUGGGUUGGGUGGAGGAAUUUCAGCAGUUCUUUAAGCCUUUUAUAUGAUGUUCAAGUAGAGGCUGGUACAUGUUUUACCACUUCAAUUUAGCUGGCAUUUACAGAAUUGAGUUGAAGAUGUUUUGUUAAAUCUCAUUGAGUCAAAAUAGAGUGCUCAAUGUUGAACUUAAAUUAUAAGUCGAUCUAUUUAGAAAGGCAUUUU